UAGACCCCCCACUAACCCCAAAACAUUCAUAACCAUCAAAACUUAUCAACAAGUAUGCUUCUAAUGGACUUGCUCAAAAAACCUCCAAACUUUCAUGUGAUGAAGAUAGUUUUACUUCUUGUUUUGGCUUUCUUAAGUAUCAAAAAUGUAUAUGCAAGAAAGAGUCAUGAUCAUCAUCAAGAACAUCACCAUGGUCAUCACAAACAUAUCAAAAACUAUUAUCAAUACUCUGCUAUAAGUUGCAGGGCUCACACUGCUUCACUGACUGAUUAUGGAGGUGUUGGUGAUGGUAUAACAUCAAACACUAAAGCUUUUCAAACAGCCAUUGACCAUCUGGGUCAAUUCGGAUCCGACGGUGGUGGUUCAUUGCUCUAUGUACCUCCAGGAAAAUGGUUGACUGGCAGUUUUAAUCUCACUAGUUAUUUCACUUUGUUUCUUCAUCAAGAUGCUGUUCUUCUUGCAACUCAGGACGAGAACGAGUGGGCAGUGAUUGAUCCCUUACCCUCAUAUGGCCGAGGACGGGAUGCAGAUGGGGGAAGAUACAUUAGUCUGAUAUUUGGCACCAAUCUUACAGAUGUUGUGAUCACUGGGAACAACGGGACACUUGAUGGUCAAGGAGCCCCAUGGUGGGACAAAUUUCACAAAGGCGAGCUCAAGUACACUCGACCAUACCUUAUUGAAAUAAUGUACUCAAAGAACAUUCAAAUAUCAAAUCUUACUUUGAUCAACUCACCCUCAUGGAAUGUUCAUCCUAUAUAUAGCAGCAAUAUUAUCAUUCAGGGAAUUACAAUCCUUGCACCAGUUAGAUCUCCAAAUACUGAUGGAAUUAACCCAGAUUCUUGCACAAACACACGAAUCGAGGACUGUUACAUUGUAUCCGGAGACGAUUGUGUCGCGGUGAAGAGUGGUUGGGAUGAGUAUGGGAUUGCAUAUGGAAUGCCAACCCAACAACUCGUGAUCAGAAGGCUUACAUGCAUCUCACCAACCAGUGCGGUUAUUGCUUUAGGUAGUGAAAUGUCAGGCGGCAUUCAAGAUGUCCGAGCUGAAGACAUUGUGGCCAUUGAUUCUGAGUCAGGGGUCCGGAUUAAGACGGGUAUUGGAAGGGGUGGGUAUGUAAAAGACAUAUAUGUAAAAGGGUUCACAAUGAAAACCAUGAUGUGGGCUUUCUGGAUGACAGGUAACUAUGGGUCCCAUCCUGAUGACAAAUGGGACCCGAAUGCCAUCCCGAUUAUCCAAAACAUAAACUACCGUGACAUGGUAGCCGAAAAUGUCACCAUGGCAGGUAGAUUGGAAGGGAUUCCGGGAGAUCCAUUCAAAGGGAUUUGCAUAUCCAAUGUGACUAUUGGAAUGGCGAAGUCGGCCAAGAAACUUACAUGGAAUUGCACUAAUAUCGAGGGAAUAUCGAGUGAUGUGACCCCGCAACCGUGUGACGCAUUGCCGCUUCAGGGUGGAAAAGCCUGUGAUUUCCCUGAAGAAAAGUUGCCUAUUGAAGAUGUUAAAGUUCAAUUGUGUUCUUAUACAGCAAACUACAUGUGAAAUGUAUAAUUUCACAUUGGCAUAAUGAAUUCAUAGUCUCUUAAAAGUUGAAGGUUUAAUUGUUACUGUA